AUGUCUUUCCAAGUGAAAUCAAUUCCAACCAAACCAUACCAAGAUCAAAAGCCAGGUACUUCUGGUCUUCGUAAGAAGACUAAGGUAUUCGCAGAAGAACCUAACUAUACUGAAAACUUUAUUCAAGCCACUAUGGAUGCUAUUCCAGAAGGUUGUAAGGGUGCUACUCUAGUUGUUGGUGGUGAUGGUCGUUAUUACAAUGAUGUUAUUAUGAACAAGAUUGUUUCCAUUGCAGGUGCCAAUGGUGUACGCAAGUUGAUUAUUGGACAUAAUGGUAUAUUAUCUACACCAGCUGCUUCUCAUGUCAUUAGAUCUUACAAGGAAAAAUGUACCGGUGGUAUCAUUUUGACUGCUUCUCAUAACCCAGGUGGUCCAAAGAAUGAUAUUGGUAUCAAGUACAAUUUGGCUAAUGGUGGUCCAGCUCCAGAAAGUGUUACCAACGCAAUUUGGGAAGCCUCCAAGAAAUUGACCGAAUAUAAGGUCAUUGAAGGAUUGCCAGAAUUGGAUACCUCAAAGAUUGCCGUUGAUAUUAAAUAUGGACCAUUAUUGGUUGAUAUCAUCGAUUCCACUGAAGCUUAUGUCGACUAUUUGAAAGAAAUUUUUGACUUUAAGUUGAUCAAGGAAUUUGUUACUAAACAACGUGAAACUAAAGGCUGGAAAUUGUUAUUUGAUUCAUUGAAUGGUGUUACCGGUCCAUACGGUGAAGCUAUUUUCGUAAAAGAAUUGGGAUUGCCAGCUGAUGAAGUCUUACAAAACUGGCAUCCAUUGCCAGAUUUCGGUGGUUUACACCCAGAUCCAAAUUUAACAUAUGCACACACAUUAGUUGAAAGAGUUGACAAAGAAAAUAUUCAAUUUGGUGCUGCUUCUGAUGGUGAUGGUGACAGAAAUAUGAUAUACGGUGCAGGUCCAGCAUUUGUAUCACCAGGUGAUUCUGUUGCUAUUAUCAGUGAAUAUGCCGAUGAAAUCCCAUAUUUUGCCAAGCAAGGUAUUUACGGUGUUGCCAGAUCAUUCCCAACAUCCAGUGCUCUAGACCGUGUUGCCAAAGCUAAGGGUUUGAACUGCUACGAAGUUCCAACUGGUUGGAAAUUCUUCUGUGCAUUGUUCGAUGACCAAAAGGUAUCUAUAUGUGGUGAAGAAUCAUUCGGUACUGGUUCCAAUCAUAUUAGAGAAAAGGAUGGUGUCUGGGCCAUUGUUGCUUGGUUGAACAUCUUAGCCAUUUACAAUAAGCACAACCCAACCAAAGAUGCCUCUAUUGCCACAAUUCAACACGAAUUCUGGCAAAAGUAUGGUCGUACUUUCUUCACCCGUUACGAUUACGAAAACUUAAUGUCUGAAGAUGCCAACAAAGUAGUUGAAAAAUUGAAGGCCUUUGCUAAUGAUCCAAAGACAUUGAAUGCUCCUUUCCCAGGCAAUCCAGAAUUGACUGUCACUGAAAGCGGUGACUUCUCAUACACCGAUUUGGACGGAUCAGUUUCUGCCCACCAAGGUUUAUACUUCAAACUAUCUAACGGUGCCAGAAUCGUAUUAAGACUUUCAGGUACCGGCUCAUCUGGUGCUACCAUCAGAUUGUACUGUGAACAGUACACUGACGAUAAAUCCAAGUAUCAAGAAUCAGCUGAAAAUUACUUGAAGCCUGUACUAAACAGUGUCAUCAAAUUCUUGCAAUUCAAGGAAUUUAUCGGCACUGAAGAACCAACAGUCAAGACCUAA